AUGCCGAUCAACACUGGCACACUCGACCACCUCGUCCAUUUGACACCCCCUGGUACUGUGGAAGAGGCGUCUAGACAAUUUGAAGAUCGUGGUUUUAAAGUGCUUCCUGGAGGAACUCAUGUAGGCGGGUUAACCGCCAACGCUCUCGUCGUCCUCGCUGACGGAGUCUACCUGGAGCUGAUAUCCUUCACGUACCCUGCGUCGCAUUACCCCAUAGGCAGCCCCGAGCGAGAGCAGCGCGAGAAACAUCCAUGGGCAAAGAAGGAGCCAGGCUGGAUCGACUUUGCAUUUCUCGGGAACGGCUCGCACACCGACAGCGUGGCGCAGACGAUCAAUGAACGCGGUCGGGCGGAAGGCAGUGGUGUGAAAUACAGUCCGGAAGAGGAUGGCGGACGUGUGCGGCCUGACGGGCAGGCGCUGAAGUGGCUCAUCUCUGCGCCUGCAGUUGCGGGGCGCGGUGUGCUUCCGUUCUUUUGUGGGGAUGUGACACCCCGCGGGCUAAGAGUCCCAAGUGAGCCUCCCACUAACACGGAACACCCAUCGACUGCUAGUGGAAUCGCAUUUGUGCGCAUUUUGAUUAGUAGCGAUUCUUUUGAAGCCAUCGCUGGCCAGUUGACUUCAGUGGUCGGCAAGAAACCUAUUUCGUCCAGUUCGAGAGAUGUGAUUUGGGACCUUGAUACCGUGAAUGCCAAUCAUCUUGGUUCAUAUGCUCGGCUUAUCUUGAGUGUCCCUGGUGAUGAAGACGAAAUUGCAUUCAUUGAAACUUCGGAAGGAGGGACGGGGAUCUAUGAGGUGGGAUUCUACGUGAAAGAUGGAUCAAAGAGUGGCAGUGAAACGACGCCUUUUGGGAAGAUUUCGUGGGUGUCUAGGUAG